AUGUCCAGCACGAAACCAGUCCUCGCCGUCAUCGGCUCCGGCUGGGGCGGCUUCACCCUCUCCCAGAAGCUCUCCCUCGCAAAGUACAACGUGAAGAUCAUCUCCCCCAUCCGCACGAUCCAAUACACGCCCCUCCUCGCCAGCGCCGCCUGCGGCCUCUUCAACUUCCGCCUCGCCGAGGAGCCCGUCCGCCGCAAGAGCCGCACCGACAUGGACUACUACAAGGCCGUCGCCGAGGACAUCGACUUCGAGAAGCGCGUCAUCCGGUGCCGGUCCGACGCGCAGACGGGCAGUCACGAAGAGCCGGCCCGCUUCGACGUCAAGUACGACAAGCUGUGCAUCGCGCCCGGGUGCGACAUCCAGGACUUCGGCACGCCCGGCGCCAAGGAGCACGCCUUCUUCCUCCGCACGACCAACGACGCGCGGCUGAUCCAGCAGCGGAUCCUGCAGGUCCUGGACAAGGCGUCGCUGCCGACGAUGAGCGAGCGGGAGCAGAGGGAUAUUCUGAGCAUUCGCAUCGUCGGCGGCGGGGCGAUCGGGAUCGAGGCCGCGGCGGAGUUGUGGGAUUUGUGGUUCGAGGAGAUGCGGUUCUUGUUCCCGCACCUGGACGGGAAGUUAAGCAUCACGAUUCACGAUGUGGCGCCGACUAUUCUCUCGACUUUUGAUGCGAGGUUGGGGGAGUAUGCGGCUGAGUCGUUGAAGGGAAAGAAGAUUGAGCUGAAGACUUCGUCGCAUAUUCAAUCCGUCGAGGCGGAUGCGAUCGUCACGAAGGAAGACGGGAGACUGCCUUACGGCCUGCUCAUCUGGGCCACGGGCAACAAGGCGAGUUCGCUGGUGGAGAAGUUGCCUGUGAAGAAGCCUGAGAGUGGUUUGCCCCGAAUUCUGACGGAUAAGUACCUGAGGGUGCUCAGCCCUGACGGAAGUGUGAUGGAAGAUGUAUAUGCACUCGGAGAUGCGGCGGACAUUGAAGGAGAGUCCAUGCCUACGCUGGCGGAGGUUGCGUUGCAGAAGGGAGAGUACCUCACCGACAUGCUCAACGGUGACGAGAAGGACAUCAAGCCGUUUAGUUACAAGCAAAGGGCGCUUCUGGCGUACUUGGGCCGACACGACGGGAUCAUCGGAGGCAAGCAGGACUGGACUGGAGCGAGUGCGUGGGUGGCGUGGCGAUCUGGAAGUCUGGCUUGGACCCGGAGCUGGAGGAGGAGGAUGUUCAUCAUGAUCAGUUGGCUCUUCGUGUGGAUAGGAGGACGAGAUAUCGUGCGUCCAUGA